AUGACGUUCCUGUUUCUCCACGGUCACGGGAUCCGCGAUAAUGCGACUUCUUUUGCUGCCCAAGCUCUUUCGACUACUUUGGUUAAGAUUCUUCACAUUUUUCUGCUCAUUCUUGGCUUCUGGCGCCCCGGAAAGCUGGACCUCCCAACCACUGCGAUCCCCGAGUACCGUGUUUCUUACAACGUCAAUGCCGCUUCGAGAUCUCCACUCCUAAGCUCCGCCGAGCGGCCGUCAUGA